AUGUCACUUGCUUACUCUACUUUUCGAGGUGUUUUUCAAAUAAUCACUCAUGUUUUCUUUCGUGAAAUAAAGACAACUGAUAUUCACAAUGUGCCAACAACAGGCCCUUGUAUUUUUAUCGUUGGUCCUCACGCAAACCAAUUUAUAGACAGUGUUAUCUUUAUGAGCAAUAACCCACGUCCUUCUUAUGCAUUAAUGGCUGCUGUUUCUUAUCAUAAACCAUUGAUUGGACAUGUAGGCAAGAUUCUGCAUGCGAUUCCUGUAGUACGACCACAAGAUAUUGUGAGUAAAGGAACAGGGCAAAUCAGAUAUGAUAGCCAUACGCCUCUUCAGGUUCACGGACAACAUACUCGGUUCUUAAGCGAACUGAACGUAAGGGAUUUUAUUGUUUUUGGCAGGAAUCACAAGUUGCAUGUAUCCCGUGUUAUUUCUGAUACACUGUUGGAAGUAACGUAUCCCAUUGGUAUAGACCAACAUGAUUAUGUUGACUAUCAAAUAGCACCUCAUGUCGAUCAAACGCCAGUUUAUGAAGAAGUCCAUCAAUAUCUAAAUAACAAUGAAUGCAUUGCUGUUUUCCCUGAAGGUGGUAGUCAUGAUAGAUCUGAAAUGCUUCCAUUAAAAGCUGGUUUUGCUGUCAUGGCAUUAGGUGCUGCUGCUGCUAAUCCAAAUCUAGACAUUAAGAUUGUCCCUGUUGGCCUUAAUUAUUUCCAUCCGGAUCGAUUUAGAUCAAGAGCCGUUGUUUCUUUUGGCCAACCUAUUUUUAUUGACAAGGCUGAUAUUGAGAAUUACAGACGAGGUGGAGAACAAAAGCGAGAGGCAGUGACUAAACUGCUCGACCAAAGUGAUGAAGCAUUCAAGACAGUGACAGUCAAUGCACCGGAUUAUGAUACGUUAUUGAUGAUCCAGACAGCAAGAAGGCUGUAUGUACCUAGAAGCAAACCAUCCAUUGAACAAGUGGUGAAACUCAAUCGCCAAUUCGUGACUUUAUGGGCUAAACUAAAAGACGACCCAAACCUAGUAGCUAUUGAGCGUCAAGUGAAAUACUACAACAAUAUGCUCAUGUUCUUUGGUAUCAGAGAUCAUCAAGUAGAGAAAUUGAGAAUGACGCCUUUAAGAGCAGCUGUUAAACUAGUCAAACGUGUGAUUAAGCUGAUUGUUUUAGCAGGCUUAGGUACACCUGCGUACGUAUCUGAAGAAUAUGAAUACAAUGCUCACAAGCACAUAGUUUGA